AUGACACGAUAUAAUGCUGUAGAAGCAAUGUUUGGAAGUGGUGCUGAAUUAAUAUUAUCAAGUCCUUUUUUGUUAACUUUGAUUUGUACAUUGAUUUUUCAAUCAUUUGUUGAACUUCGUUCAAAAUCUCGAAUAGAAAUCUAUUACCAUGUUAUUCAAGCAUCAUUGUGUUCGUGGAAAAAUCAACAAUCAACCAUUUCGAAAAGCAUGUUAAUUCAUAUUUUAAGUGAUCUCGCUAUGCAUCUUCAUUUACAAUCACCAUCUGGUCUCAUAGAUGGAUUUGAUCUAAAACAAUUAUGUUGUUUAACUUUACGAAGACAAGAUGUAUCAAUUAAUCGUACGAUACUGCGUGAAUAUGCGGAAAAACUAUUAUUAUUAUUAAAUUCUAAUAUCGGAAUUGUUUCUGAACGAAGUUUACAUGUGUUUGGCUUUUUACAUUUAUCAUUUCAAGAAUAUUUUGUAGCAUAA